UCCUGUGACGGGCGGGUCACGACCUCGCUGCGUCGCCGCCCUAGGUCGACUCGGCCUUAAAUGAGCUGCCCGUUACUAAAUGUACUGUACACACUUAGGAGACAAAGGCGGCCGUGCGUGCGUGCGUGCUCGCUGACGGCAUUUGUGCCAGAAGCCUGAAAGGCUUAGCAAGAGUGUGUGCGCGUGCAUCCCUUAGGUCGACUCGGCCUUAAAUACAAAACAAAAUUAGCCCGCUGUGAGCAUCCAGCACUGGACGGCCGGGUGUGCUUGUGCAUUGGUGGUGCUGUCCGUACCUUAAUAGGUGCUCGCUAACAGCACGUGGGUCUCUACAAGGACACGUCUUCCGUGUGUGCGUGUGAUGCAUCUGAGUCGGGAUGGCUGCACUUUGCACGCUGGCACAUCACGCGGCGAGCUCGAGGCUGCUCUGCGCACGCCUCCUGAGCAGCUGUGCCGGUCUCUUCUCCCCCUCUCACCACCACCGCCGCUUGCAACAUCCGCAGAAGCAGCAGCAGCAGCGCCUUCGUGAGCAGUACGCACAGCGCAGAGGCAUGAGGCUCGUGCGCUUCAGCGAGACGGGCGGUGAUGCUUCGCCCCGCCUGGGCGUGGAGCUGGAGGCAGGGGGAGACGUGGUGGCGCUGGGAGGAAGCCACUCCCAGGGUGGGGACAUGGUCGCCUUCUUGGAAGGCGGAGAGGAGGCGAUGCAAGCGGCCCGCAGGUCGCUGGACCUGCGGGAGGUGGUGGUGCCCCGAAACCGGCUGCGGCUCCACGCGCCCGUGCACCGGCCCGACAAGGUGGUGUGCGUGGGCAUGAACUACCGCGACCACUGCACCGAGCAGAACGUGGCCGUGCCCACGGAGCCGAUCAUCUUCAGCAAGUUCGCGAGCGCCAUCACGGGGCCCUACGACGACAUCGUCCACUCGGCCGAGACCAACGAGCUGGACUGGGAGGUGGAGCUUGCGUUUGUCAUCGGGAAGCAGGGGAAGCGGAUCGAGGAGGCGGCGGCGAUGAGCCACGUGGCGGGGUUCACGGUGGCGCACGACGUGAGCGCGCGGGACUGGCAGAUGCGACGCAACGGGCGGCAGUGGCUGCUGGGAAAGACGUUCGACACGUUCUGCCCACUCGGCCCCGCUCUCGUCACGCCCGACGAGCUCUCUGACCCGCACAAGCUCGGCAUUCGUUGCCGGGUCAACGGACAGCUCGUGCAGGACAGCAGCACCGAGCAGUUGAUCUUCAAGACGGAGGCGCUGAUUGCCUGGGUGUCUCGGUUCGUGACCUUGUACCCGGGCGACGUCUUCCUGACGGGCACUCCGCCCGGAGUGGGCGUUUUCCGCAAGCCGCCCGUCUUCCUUAAGAGAGGAGACACGGUGGAGUGCGAAAUUGAUCAGAUUGGAUCCAUCGCAAACAAAGUGGUGUAGCGAAGCUCAUCGCCCAUUCGUUGCAUUGCAGUUGCUUGUUUCGACCACUUAAAUUGUACACAAGCCAAUCUUUUUCAUGCAGAUUUUGAUUAUGGACACCACCCGUGGGACAAAAGUGCGCACGCACAUCUGAGAAGACAACUUCUUGUAGCUUUUGGAAUUGUCAUGCACCAGGUAUUAUCUAUGCAGGUAACCGCGCGCAAAGCGCGCGCACACACACGGACUCCACCGAGCGUUACCCAUAUAUUAUUGGUCAAGACAUUUGAGCGACUACUUUCGGCGGUGACAUGGCCGAGCGGUCCGGUGUUUAUCGCUUGUUGCAUAAGCUUUCGGUUCGAGGCCAGCGGCCACCCCGGUAAACACUGCCGAGUGGACGAACGAAACGGGCGGUUUGCUUGACAGUGGCCAUGUGCAGCCGGCUUCACGGGCUAAUCAUGAAAAUGCCCCCCCCCCAGCUGUUUUGGGUGAAAUAAUUUGUCAUGGUCAUCUACAGGAGAACUCUUUAUCUGCGGUUAUAUGGGGGGGGGGGCCAAUAUCGUAGAUAUUAUCCGUGUGGUUAUCCACAAUUUUAUUCCCUUUCACCGUGGGGUAAAAAAUAAAAAUAAAUCGUGGAUAACUCUGCGGGUAAUAUCACGAAUUUGCUGUGCCGGAUGGGGUGGGGGGGGGAAAUCGCCGGCAUUCAGAAGCUGCUUUGCUACGCGUUUAGUAAAACAGCGGAUAAUAAAAAGAAAUAGGGCCGUGGAUUAGUUACCGUGGACCCUAUAGCUACAAUAGGAAUCUGUCGAAUUUCUUUCCCACCGUACGUAGCCAACCGUGCUAAUAGGAGUCAUGGGUAAUAGGGGCGUGGAUCAGUUUUAUACCGAGACAACUGCAGACGAUACUCGUCUGUGAAACAUAGCGCCUUGAUGGUUGCCCUUGUGCUCAAAGAAUUCCGAGAGUACCAAAUGUGCCAAUGAUCCGAUUCGAAGUGCUGUUGAAGAGCCCCCAUUUACUGAGAUUGCCAAGGUUAGGGACUAACCCAUGCAUCUCCCACACAAACGAGGGUAGUAGCGCCUUUACACGAUUCCGCAAUGGAAACAGUGCGGAAGAGUUGAACCAAUAAAGUUGGGAACACCCACCCACUGCAUUUAUUCCGUAGGCACAGAUCGUAUUCUGUAGGCACAGAUCGUGUUCUGCGAACACAAUACAAUAAAAAAAAAUUAUUGCAU